AUGAAUUGUUGCUCAUUGCUACCUUUUAUGAUGGGAAUUGAUCUCCUAUGGCCUUGCCUCACAGCAACAGAAAACUCUAAGACAGAAAAUGUUAAGCAGCCAGUGGGAUCUCAUUUGAGAGUGAAGCGUGUCUGGCUGUGGAACCAUUUUUUUGUACCAGAGGAAUUGAAUGAGAAAAGUGUUCACAUUGGCCGGAUAAGAUCUGAUUUAGACAAUGGAAACAACUUUUUUCAGUAUGAACUUGGGGGAGAUGGAGCUGGAAGUAUUUUUAAAGUGAAUGAAAGAACGGGUGAUGUAUAUGCUAUACAGAAGCUUGAUAGAGAAGAGCAAUCCCUCUACACUCUAAGAGCCCGGGUCAUAGACAUGACUACUGGAAGGGCUAUUGAACCUGAUUCUGAGUUCGUCAUCAAAGUUUUGGAUAUCAAUGACAAUGAACCAAAAUUCCUAGACGAACCUUAUGAGGCCAUUGUACCAGAGAUGUCUCCAGAAGGAACAUUUGUCAUCCAGGUGACAGCAAGUGAUGCUGAUGAUCCUUCAACGGAGAAUAAUGCUCGCCUCCUCUAUAGCUUACUACAAGGCCAACCGUAUUUUUCUGUUGAACCAACAACAGGAAUAAUAAGAAUAUCUUCUAAAAUGGACAGAGAACUACAAGAUGAGUAUUGGGUAAUUAUUCAAGCCAAAGAUAAGAUUGGUCAGCCUGGAGCGCUGUCUGGAACAACAAGCAUAUUAGUUAAACUUUCGGAUGUUAACGACAAUAAGCCUAUAUUUAAAGAAAGUUUACACCGCCUGACUGUCUCUGAAUCUGCACCCACUGGGACUUCUAUAGGAAAAAUCAUGGCAUAUGAUAAUGACAUCGGAGAGAAUGCAGAGAUGGAUUACAGCAUUGAAGGGGAUGAUUCACAAACGUUUGAUAUCAUUACUAAUAAUGAGACCCAAGAAGGAAUAGUUAUACUAAAAAAGAAAGUGGAUUUUGAGCACCAGGACCACUAUAAAUUUAAAGCAAAAGUUAGAAACCGCCAUGUUGAUAACCAGCUCCUGAGAUACCACGCUGAAGCUUCUGCCACUGUCAUUAGGGUCCAGGUGGAAGAUGACGAUGAACCUCCUGUUUUCCUCCUCCCAUAUUAUGUAUUUGAAAUAUUUGAAGGAAACCCACAAGGAUCAUUUGUAGGCAUAGUGUCUGCUGCAGACCCAGAUCAAAGGAAAUCUCCUAUCAGUUACUCCAUUCCCAGAAGCACAGAGUUCACUAUCAAUGACAACGGUACAAUCAUUACAACUAACCCACUUGACCGGGAGAUCAAUAUUUGGUACAAUCUGAGUAUCACAGCCACAGAAAGACUCAAUGUACAACAGAGCUCUUCAGUCCCUGUGUAUGUGCAAGUGCUUAAUAUCAAUGAUCACGCUCCUGAGUUCUCUCAAUACUAUGAGACUUACGUUUGUGAAAACGCACACUCUGGUCAGGUAAUUCAGACCAUCGGUGCGGUGGAUAGAGAUGAGUCCGUAGAAGAUCACCAUUUUUACUUUCAUUUAUCUGUGGAAGGCACAAAGGACCCAAGUUUUACAAUCAUAGACAAUCAAGAUAAUACAGCUGUAAUUUUGACUAAUAGAACUGGUUUCAGUCUUCAAGAAGAGCCUGCCUUCUACCUAUCUAUCUUGAUUGCUGACAAUGGAGUCCCAUCGCUUACAAGUACAAACACCCUCACCAUAUACGUCUGUGACUGUGAUGACAGUGGGAGUACAGAGAUCUGCAAAAAUAAGAAACUUAUGCUCUUCAUGGGAUUCAGGAUAGAAGUUAUAAUUGUUAUUCUGAUCUGCAUUAUAAUAUUCGGGCUUAUAUUUUUGGCUUUGGGGCUAAAACAACGAAGAAAACAGACUCUAUUUCCUGAGAAAGAUGAAACUUUCAGAGAGAAUAUAUUCAGAUAUGAUGAUGAAGGAGGUGGAGAAGAAGACACUGAGGCCUUUGAUGUAGCACAGCUGAGCAGCAGCACCAUAAUGCGGGAGCACAAGACACGGAAAACCACCAGCGCAGAGAUCAGGAGCUUAUACAGGCAGUCUUUGCAGGUCGGCCCAGAUAGUGCCAUAUUCAGGAAAUUCAUUCUAGAAAAGCUCGAAGAAGCUAAUACUGAUCCAUGUGCCCCUCCCUUUGACUCCUUCCAGACCUAUGCUUUUGAGGGAACCGGUUCAUUAGCUGGAUCUCUGAGUUCUUUAGGAUCAGCAGUCUCUGAUCAGGAUGAAAAUUAUGGUUACCUAAGUGAAUUGGGACCUCGCUUCAGAAGAUUAGCAUGCAUGUUUGGUUCUGCAAUGCAGUCAAAUAAUUAG